CCUCCUCCGCCCCUCCCGGCCCCUCCGCCGCCCGCUCCGGCCUCCGCCCGCCCGCUCCGCGACGCCCCGCGGCCAGGGGCGGGCGGCGGCGGCGCCUCGUCCCCAUCCCGCAGCCGAGGAGGCGGCGGCGCUGACGCAGCAGCGGCGCGGAGCCCGGGACUCGCCGCGCUCCCGCCGCUGGAUUUCUCCCCCCGGGGCCUGCGGCAGCUUCCCGGAUUGGACAUUGAUCCUAUGACGCAUGCCCGGAAGAAACAGCUUUUCCUUCUGAAACACCCAGCGGGUUGUGCUGGCCAGGCCUCGGGCAGCAGGAGGAUGGACAGGGCCGGCACGGAGCGCAGGGAGCAGCGGGACGGAGACGCCUCCGAGGCUCCCAGCGGUCCCGGGGGCUUCGUGGGGACUCACAAAGGCAAGAGCCUGCGCGAGGUGCGCAAGACGUACCCGCUGCGCCGGCGCCUGCUCCCCUCCGUCAGCAAAAAGACCUGCAAGGUGCUGCUCACCCGGCUGGAGGAUGUGGCCGGGUCUCUGUCCAAGCAGAGCCAGAGCUGUAAAAAAAAGCACCUUCCCAGCUGGAUGGAGGGUUUGUUCUCUGAACAAGGGCAGCCCGUGGGAGCGGGGAAGAGCGAUCCGCCUGGGGAGAAGGGCUCAGCGACUUCCCCGGGGCCGGAGCAGGAGCUCGAUGCUGCUCCCUCGGAGCCCAGGAAGCGCCGCCUGGCCUCGCUGAAUGCGGAGGCCGUGAACAACCUGCUCUUCGAACGGGACGAUGGCUUGUUAUCCAGCAGGCGCUUCCGCAGGGACUCCGGGAAACCCUCCGGGGACUGUGCCCUGAAGGGCUUGCAGUGCAAAGCUGGGGACAACUGGCCUGCUCCGGAGAAAGCAGCUGUGAAAGCUGGGAAAGGAAAGAACCGGCCCGAGCCCAGUCAGAAAUGCAACAGCUGUGAGCAUUCGCUGGACGAGGUCUUUGACGAUGGGACAAAGAGGGAGGAUGGAGCCGUCUCCUACCAUCCCACCCCAAAGAGACUGGCCAGCCUCAACGCCGUGGCCUUCCUCAAGCUGACCCACGAGAAAGACCAGCCCCUGAAGCCGCAGAGUAAACCGGAUGGAGAGGGCAAAUCCGAGAACCACUGUUCGAAAUCCACACUCAAAUGGGCCAAAGCCGGGAGGAAGAACUGUGUCAAAUCCAAGAAGGAAGCGGCCAGCUUAAAAAUGGACGGGCAGCACGGCUGGCAGGGCCAGGCCCUGGGCACCUUUGGGAAAGGGGAGCAGCGGGACUCCUCCAGGCUUUACGGGGCGACAGAGCCCGUCCCCUACGAGUCGCUGUCCGGCUCCUACGCAAGCACUGAGGGCUUCUACCACAGACUGCCUUUGCUUAUGGGAGGACAAGCUUCCAUGAAACCGGAGUACGGAAGACCCGGAGAGAAAUCCCCGACCCCCAAACAGGAAUUCCAUCAACCUUCCUUUCCCGUGCAGCAGUUCCCUCCCUUGCCCGUGCCCGGGAAUCACGCGGAUUGUGGAUGCCUCUACGAAUCCUCGGAUCUGACCCCGUUGAACGGGUUUUACGUUUAUUACGGCCAAAGCGGAUACAGUGGCUACUCCCCCUGCUCCGUUUACCCCAAGGACGAGCUGUCGCAGGCUGCCACCUGCGAGGGGCUCCUGGUGUCUCCCGGGGCGCUGCCGUCGGGCGCGCACCUGCAGCCGCUGCACUGGUGCAGCUCCCCGUACUGCUGCGGGCAGGGAGCGGCGCUCGGCACCUACAGCCUCUGCGGGGUGGUGCACAUGCCCGAGGGCCGCGUCGGCAGCGUGCACGCGGGACGGAGCAGCUUCCCCUACAAAAUGCCUUUUGCAGCAGAAGGCUGCAAGUCUCUGGACCAGCUGAACCUCACAAUCCCGGUGGCAGGACACCCCGCCUCUCCUGCCCACCCGCUCUCAGGAUGUCCCGUUCCCAGCGUGCCACCGGCUGCAGAGCCCGUCCCUCACCUGCAGACCCCCAACUCUGACCCUCAGACCAUGGCCCGAGAAUGUCCCCAGAGCUCCAAGCCCCCCAGCGGCUCCAAGUCCGGGCUGCGGAACACACCAGGCUGCCUGCAUGCCUCCAACAGCAAAGCGGCCGGAGCGCAUUCCCACCCCAAGCAGCAGCGGAUCAGCCGCCGCAGGGCCACCAAUGGCUGGAUCCCCGUGGGCACCGCCUGUGAGAAGGCUGUCUACGUCGUGAACGAGCCCGAGCCAGCCAUGCGCAAGAGCUACCAGGCCGUGGAGAGGGACGGGGAGAUCAUCCGGGUGCGCGACACCGUGCUCCUCAAAUCCGGGCCCCGCAAGAAAUCCAUGCCCUACGUUGCCAAGAUAUCAGCUCUGUGGGAAGACCCCAAGACAGGGGAGCUGAUGAUGAGCCUCCUGUGGUAUUACAGACCAGAGCACACUCAGGGAGGCCGCAACCCCAGCAUGCACCAGAAUGAGAUCUUUGCGUCCCGGCAUCAGGACGAGAACAGCGUCGCCUGCAUCGAGGAGAAGUGCUACGUGCUGACCUUCGCAGAGUACUGCAGAUUUUGUGCCUUGGCAAAGCGUCGAGUCGAAGGGAUCCCGGGCAGGAAAACCAUCAUGGUUCCUCCCUCGGAGGAGUAUUCCACCCCUCUGCACCGCAAGGUGCCCGAGGACACGGACCCCGAGCUGGUUUUCCUCUGUCGUCACGUCUACGACUUCAGGCACGGGCGCAUCCUGAAGAACCCCCAGUAG